CUUAACCCAUUCUUAAUCAUAAUUGAAACAGUAAUAAUUUCAGUUCGUGAAUUCACACUAUCGUUCCGAUUAGCCGCAAACAAGAGGGCUGGACAUAUUGUAUUAAGACUAUUAGGAACUUACUUAGCCCUAACUAUAUCAUCAUCUACAUUUAAUUCUGCUAUAUUAAUACUUAUCUCCUCUGGAUACAUUAUAUUUAAAUUUGCUAUUUGCCUAAUUCAAGCAUAUAUUUUCUGUCUCUUACUAUCCCUAUACACAGAUGAUCAC